AUGACCGCCACCAAACGCAAGACAGCCAAAACCCAGCAGAACGAACCAUCCACCAGACCGGCAGGUACCUCUGGUGUCAAAUACCACUGUGACGGCUGCUCUGCAGACAUCUCAAACACUGUCCGGAUCAGAUGCGCCCAUCGCCAGCAUAUCACCACCAACCUCGGCACUCAGAUCCUCACCCAGUCUGCCCUCGUGUGUGACAACUUCGAUCUGUGUGGCCAAUGCUUCUGCGAGGGCAAAGAGAUCGGUCAACACAAAGCAUGGCACGACUAUCGAGUAAUCGAACCACACUCGGUUCCUAUCUUUACCGAGGAUUGGGGUGCUGAUGAAGAGCUGCUUCUAAUUGAAGCCUGCCAAAUCUAUGGCCUCGGAAAUUGGAGUGACAUCGCCGACCACGUCGGCAACGGUCGGACGAAGGAAGAAGUCGAACGGCAUUAUCUCGACGUGUUUAUUGGCAGCGAUGAUUACCCGCUUCCUCCGAUUGAUGCUAGGAUCGAGAUCGAUCAGGACGAGUUCCAAGCCCGUAAGAAGAGAAGGUUGGAGGAGGUGCACGCUCGCCCUUUACAAAUGCCACCGCCCAAGCCAGUAUCGUCCGCGCCCACAAAUCACGAGAUUGCCGGGUUUAUGCCUGGGAGGUUGGAUUUCGAAAUUGAGUGGGAAAACGAGGCUGAAAAUAUGAUCAAGGACUUGAGUUUUGGACGAGUGUAUCGAUUCGGUGGUGAUUCGCAGCCUGAAAAGCUACCAGAGGAGGAUGACAUCGCAGAAGAAAAGGACGAAAAUAAUGCAGCGCCGAAUCAAGACCAGCAAACGAUCCCCCCAGAUUCUACGGCCAAACGGAAGCGCGGUGUCGGGUCAGGGGCUGGCAAAACAACCCAAAGGACAGACGAGACAGCACCAACAAGGACAGAUACUGUACAAAGACAGUGCCCUGAUGAGAAUGAUGGCGAUGCAGCAGAAGCCGACGGCCGAGAUUCAAUGCCAUCAUCAUCUGUUGAUCCACUCCAAACCGGCCCCUCCCCGGAUCCUAAACCAAAGAGUAAAGAGAAAGAGAAAGAAGAGCCGAAAGCCGAGGAUGAAGAUGACAAUGAAGAGGUAGACGAAGAGCCGCCGCUCUCAGACGAGCCUGACCUGGACUUAGAACUCAAGCUCACCCUCCUAGAAAUUUACAACGACAAGUACGAUCGGCGGUUGCAAGCCAAGGCAGUGGUCUUCGACCGGAAUCUUUUGGAGUACAAAAAGAUUCAAGCGGCGGAGAGAAAGCUGCCCAAGGAGAUCAGAGACCUAGUGAUCCGGAUCAAGCCCUUCGCCCGGCUCCAGACGGCCACCGACCACGAACAGUUCCAGGAAGGCCUGAUCUACGAAAUGGCGCUGCGGAAACGCAUUGCCGAGUUGCAGGAGUACCGCAAGAUGGGCAUUACCAACUUGGUCGAUGCCGAACGGUACGAGAAAGAGAAGGCGGCCCGGUUGUUUGCGAAGCAGCGCGAAAUGGCCGGACAUGAUCGGUUUGGUGUGCGUAAGCAGAGAGUCAGUGGGGCUGGGUUGGGCUUGGAUGAAAUGAGCAGUCGGGAAGGCACCCCUGGCAGUUCAGGAAAGGCCUCCAAAAAGAACUCGGCUGUGCCACUGAGUCUGGCGACGAGCGGCUCGAAGCAGCUCCUUCACCCGUCCGAGCUGGCGCUAUGUUCGCGACUGCAGAUCCUACCGAGCCCGUUCCUGAUGAUCAAGGAGGCGAUGUUCCGGGAACAUGUGCGGCGAGCGGCGCUGGGACAGACGCUGGACCGAGCCGACGUCGUUGGGCUCUUUCCGCCGCUUGGCCUGGUGGGGGAUGCAGAGGAGGGCCUGGAGGAGGGCGAAGAGGACGAGGGGGUGGAGCAGGGCGCGGGCAAGGGGCAUGCGGGGGCUCCCUUGAAGGAGCACAAGGUGGAGCUUAUUUGGGACUUCUUUUUCGACAACCCCCCGCUGCUGUCCGGGCUUCAAGCCGAUCACAAUAGCUCCACUACCACCCACCAGCAAGCCCCAAACCACUGUCCAAACGGUCCGCACACUCCGUCCAUCCCGUCAUGA